AUGGAAACCCUCAUUAACGUGGAUGAUGUGAAGAAGACCGCAGAUAUUGUCGCUUAUGAUAGUCUACAUUUACAAAAAGUUCUUCUAGAAGCAGAAGAACGGGCUUUGAGUGUCGAACUCUUUAGGAAAAGAGAGAAGGAGGAAUGCACCUACUGCACAGAUAGACAGAACAGAAACGUGAGAUAUGAAGAAGAGUUAGAGCAUGAGAAACUUGUGGAAUGUCAGAAGGCGUUAGAACGAGAGAAGAUAGCAAAAGGUAUGCAAUGCACAAAAGAAGAUAAAAUACAAUUGAGGUAUAUGCAGAAGAUGCAAAUGCAGGAAAAACAAGAUAAAGAAGCAGAAGAGUCUGCAAUCGAAGACAUGUGGCACCAAAUAUUGCUUAGCGAUGUUACGUUCAAGGAAGAACAAGAGUUAUUAAAAGCUGAAAGACUCAAAUAUGAGAUGCAGGAAAGAAGGCGUGCUUACGAUGAGCAGAUCGCAAGCGCUAAUAGGAAGAGACGAGACGCUUUACAAAGGCAGAGAGAAGAAGAAAAUAGACGGAUAGAAAUAAUGAAGAAACGAAUGGAAGAGGAAUAUUUCGACGCGAUAAGAAGAAAGAAGCAGCAACAAGAAACAAAUAAAGUGAACUACAUAUCAGGCCACGAACAAAAGCUACUAAGGAUUCGAUAUGAAAAACAGAAGGACAGGCAAAUAGACCAGAACACUAUAGAAGUUGCUUUAGGCGAUCUCCGCAGAGAGCGGCAAAGGAAAUUAAAAUCACUGCAAAGAGAAAAGCAGGUGUGUCUAGAAAACAUGAAGAGGGAGAGGACAAUGGUGGAGAAUAUGCAAAGAGAAGGUGAAAGAGUAGCUGACGAAUAUAAGAGAGAGAUGGAGACAGUGAGUGACAGUAAAUUAGUAGCAAUGGAAAGACGGGCGCAACAAAAUAAAGAGGAAUUAGCAACAGAUUACAGACGAUUCUUACACAAAAGGAACAGGGAAAUAGAAAAAAUGCAACAGAAUAGAAGAGAAGCCACGGAAAGUGUAAAAAGGACAGCUAUUAACGAGUUAGAAUUAAAACUAAAAGAAGCAAGACAGGAAUUUGAAAAGCAGACGGAAUAUAGAAAUAGUCUGAAUCGGCAAAUGCGCGAAAAUGAAAGCAUAUUGGAUGUUGAAUCAAUAAGUAUGGAACUAAAGCAAAAACCAUUUACUAAAAGAGCGUCUGUGUUCAAAGACAAAAUGAAGAAUAAAAUAAAUGAAGCAAGGAAUAGGUAG